CUGAUUUUAUCUGUGUAUUUACCUAUAUUUUGAUGCAAGAAGCCCUCGAUCCGAUGGCUGUCAAGGAAAAACAAGGGGAUUCCACCGAGGAAAUUGACUGGAAUGUCGAGAAUGAGGUGCAACUGUUCUUCGCGAUGAAUGGGCACAAGCCAGUUGGUGUCAACAAGUAUUUUCACAUGGUCUGUAUCUGGGAGAAAUUUCGUGCAGCCAUUAACAAAGAUGUAUCAUUCAAAACCAUCUGGGAUCACCUGGAGACGAUGUACGAUUUGGUGGCAUUGGAUGACACAGAAGAUCUGCCAUUUCCUAGCAGCGAAGUAGACUUCGCCCUUCCCGAAUCCGAAUUCCUGGAGCUUAUAAAAAAUAAACAGAAGGAGGAGACUGACGUAAAGUCCAAGGAUCUCAAGGAGAAAGUGAAGGAGACGAAGAAGGAGAAGGAGGUGAAGGAAACUCCAAAGAAAGAAAUUGUGACGAGGGAACAGAAAACUCCAAAGGAAGUUGACAAGAAGAAGGAGGACGUUAAAAAGGUUGUGAAGGAGCCAGAGGUGAAGAAGGAGAAGCUGAGGGACACGAAGGAUGUCAAGAAGGAUAACAAAACCCCUAAAGGUCGUGGCAAAGGGAAGGACGAGGGAGAAGAGCCCCUGCCAGUUCUCCCAGUGAAGAAGGAACGAAAGGACUCAGAUACCAGCAGAGAAAUUCCGAAGAGAGUACCGAAAAGACCAACCAGACAAAGUAUCGAUAAUGCCAGUAAAGCAUCCUCUAGUCCUCGUGAUACCCCACCCCCAAAACGUCGGAGAAUAUAAACCCUUCACUCGUUGGCCUGCCUCAUGGCAGAUUAUCUCACAUUAUUCGCAUUUUCUCUUUUCAUGAGUCUAAGAUCAGCUUGAUUUUAUAAUCUUCUUGAGCAGCGAAGUAGAUUAACUGCCAGUGAAAAUUUAGUGCAACAUUUCAUUUUCAUUUUCAAUUCAGAGGACUUCGGUGUAAUGUAAAUAAACCAAUCGUUUUUUUUUCGUACAAAAAAACCUUAUGUAGUUAUUAUCGUCAGACAUCUCAGAGAAUGUAGAAAGUAUUCGUAGGGCUGACAAUUAUUCUAUUAUUUGUAAAUUCAUUUUUUAUUAAUGAGCAGUUGGUGAUUUUUGGAGUUGAAUAAAAAUCGUAAAAAGUUUAGAAACUUUGGGUUAUUUUUUUACGUAUCAUUUCCGAGUCUGAGGAUACCAUUUUCAUUUUUCAUGAUUAUCUAAUUAUUUUAAGAGUGAAUUCAUAUGAAAAUUGUGGGAUUUCUAUUUGUUGUGUAGACUUUCGGAGAAUAGUCGCUGAAAUGUUUCUUUAGGACUCAACAAGAAAACAAGUUGAAUUGUAUCAUAUAAGCUCUGAAUGAUUAAAAUAAACAAACAAUGGCUCAGAGAACUAGGUGAGGACGAUGAAAUGAAGCAAAAGAUGAAAAAUUUGUGGUUACCAGCUGUGAUUUAUUAACAUAACUUGGUGUUAAACAUCGGUGGAGUGACACGAUGACGAAGAGGUAUUCCAAAUCGUGCUGCUACCCUCGGCGUUAUUUGAACAAAAUGUCGUGCUCUCGUUACGAA